ACGCAGCUUCUCGUCUUCUUUUCUUCUUCUUGCUCCCCAAGAGAAGAGAGAUUCCCUCUGCUCCACUCUCUACUCCAUCUUCCAUCUCUCUCUCUCUCUCUCUCUCUCUCUCUCUCUCUCUCUCUCUCUCCCCUCUCCUCUCCCCGAUUGUGUAUAUAUUCCGAGACACAUAUCUUCUGCUAUCGCACUUAGGUUAUCACCAAUAUGAUGAUCAGAGUCCGAAGCAGAGACGGGUUAGAGCGAGUCACGCUCGACCACUCAACCUGCCCGCUCACAAUCGCCCAACUCAAAUCGACAAUCGAGUCCCAACUCAGAGUCCCCGUCCCCAACCAAACCCUAUCCACCAACCAAAACCUCCUCCUCGCCAAAACCCCACACGACGCCGCCGGCUUCACCGACAUGUCCAACCCCCAAACCCUAAUCUCCGCCCUCGGCAUCGCGCACGGCUCGAUCGUCUACCUGUCCUACGAGGGCGAGCGGACCGUGGCGGGCCCGAAACAGUUCAACCCGGCCGGGUCGUUCGGGCGCAAGAUGACUAUGGACGACUUGAUCGCCAAGCAAAUGCGGGUCACCCGGCAGGAGAACCCGCACUGUGAGCUGGUCUCGUUCGAUCGUGAUGCGGCCAAUGCGUUUCAGAACUAUGUUAAUGAGUCGCUCGUGUUUGCGGUGAAGCGGGGUGGGAUUAUGUACGGCACGGUAUCUCCGGAGGGGAAGGUCGAAGUGGAUUUCAUUUAUGAGCCGCCACAACAGGGCACCGAGGAGAAUUUGAUACUUUUGCGAGACCCUGAUGAGGAGAAGCUGGUUGAUGCGAUUGCGAUGGGGUUGGGAAUGAGGAAAGUAGGGUUUAUAUUUACUCAAACGAUCGGUCAGAACAAGAAAGAUUACACGAUGUCGAAUGUGGAGGUUUUGCAGGCAGCAGAGCUUCAAGCGGAAGGGGAUUUGAAGGAGUGGGUGACGGCGAUUGUGAAAUUGGAGGUGAACGAGGAAGGUGGUGCUGACGUGCAUUUCGAGGCAUUUCAAAUGAGUGAUAUGUGUAUUAGAUUAUUUAAGGAAGGAUGGUUUGAAACGGAGAUUGGGGAAGAUGUUGAUCCUAAGUUAUCAAGGAUGAAGAAGGAUGUGGUGGUUGGAGGAAAGGAUACCAAGGAAAUUGAUAAUGACUUUUUCUUGGUGGUAGUGAAGAUAUUCGAUCACCAGGGCCCACUUUCAUCAAUCUUUCCUAUAGAGAACAGGAUUACACCAGUGCCAAUGAAUGCACUGAGGCACCAUCUGGACAGAACAAGGAGUCUUCCUUUUGUAAAGCGAAUAUCUGAUUUCCAUCUGCUGCUCUUGCUGGCUAGAUUUUUAGAUGUCAACGCAGAUGUUCCCGCAUUGGCACAUUGUGUGCAGACACAGAUGGCUGUCCCAGAAGGAUAUCAGCUACUAAUCGAGUCCAUGGCCAGUGCUUCUUGAUUCUGUGUCCGAUGGCUUUUGGCAAACUGAUACUACUCAUCAACCCUUUCGAAUGGUUUCCAAUGUGCAUUUAUGCUUGAGCUUUCAGGUCUCCAGUGGAGGAUUCUCAAUUGCCUUUGGACAAUUGGCAUGGCCUCAAAAUUUGGCUCUGCGCUCUGGUUGUAACCGAAAUCUAAACAUCACACUGUUCAGUUUCUCUGGUAUUGAUAAUUUUCUCAGACAAAACUGUGUUUAUAGUACAAUUACAUACGUCAGUGUUUGUCAGAAUUUAGGAUCAUGGCCCUAUAUUAUUUAUCACCUGCUAUGUGGAUUAAAGUGUUUCAUGUAAUGAUCCUCUGAUCUCGAACGUUCAUGACUCAUCAGAAUCAAAAACACCUAUUGCAGUUUGGCAA